GCUGUAAGUCUGAAUAUUUUCACAAAAUUAGGUAGGGUGCAAUUAAGCCUAUGUGGGGAUAAACUUAAUAAUAUCUGGUUUGGAUUUAUUCCAAUCUCUCCCAACAAUUAAAGAAACUUCUCUCACUCUCUCCACUCUCCUCCUCUGUGUUUCAUUAAUAUCCUUCUCCUCUCUCUCUCCUCCAAAAUUUGAUUCCACUCAGCAGCAAUGGAUAUCGUAGAGGCCACAAAUGAAUUUCAAGAUUGGGAGCUUCUCCAAACCAACUCGGACACCGAGUCGGCGCCGGUGACCUCCGCCGAUUCCGGCGCCUCGUUCCACGAUAUUGAUUCCUGCGCCUUAAUUCAGGCCAAUUAUUUCUCAUCGGACCCUCUCGAUCGUUGCGAUGAGCUUGUAGAUGAUGGUAAAUCGGUUGGCUCCGAUAACCCGGGCUGGAUUGAUCCCGGGUUGGGGGAGGACCUGUCCCACCGCCCUAACGAGGAGCCAUGCGAAUUUUCGCCGGAUUCUAGCAGCGAGCGGUCUGAAGAUCAGAAAUUCAGCGAAUUGGAAGGGGUUAACGAAUUAGGGUUUCGCGAAAAUGAGGAAAACGACGCAAAAUCUGAGGUGAUUGAGGAAAAAGGGGAUGACUCGGAAGAUUUGGUGAAUUACUGCAUGGACUCGAUUGGAACUGAUGGGGAUUCUGCUGAAAUUAGCGAUCUCGUCGAGGGUUCUCAGGUGGGUGUGGAAGGCGACGUGAUUUUGCACGCUGAGUCGCAGGUUUUAGGCGAGGAAAUGAAUGAGAAUGAGGGGAUUGAAAGUGGAGGCGAAGUUGUUGAUGGUGGCCGCGCCGGAGUUAAAAACGGCGGCGGUGAGCUUGAGAAGAGCGGCGUAGUAUGGUGGAAGAUGCCAAUGGAGUUUCUGAAGUACUGUAUGAUGAGAAUGAGUCCUGUUUGGACCGUCUCAGUGGCUGCUGCUUUUAUGGGGUUCGUGAUCUUGGGGCGCAGGUUGUAUAAGAUGAAGAGGAAGACCAGGGGAUUGCAGAUUAAGGUUGCUGUUGAUGAUAAGAAGGUGUCUCAGGUGAUGAGCCGCGCUGCUCGUCUGAACGAAGCUUUCUCAGUCGUGAAACUUGUCCCAGUGAUCCGCCCUUCACUGCCUGCCGUUGGUUCCACGAGCAACUGGCCCGUGAUGAGUUUAAGAUGAGACUAGGAAUUUUUAUACGUAAAAGAAGUGAUCUUUGUCGAGCUUAUGACAAUAUUUAGGUGCCACUAUUUUAGUGUAUAACGUGUGCGCAUUAGUGUUCCUUUUACUUGUUUACCCUAAAAAGCUUCUGUUUCAUCGUCUAUGUAUCUAUAACUCAAAUGGCUUUGUUAUUGAAUGUGUUUUCUCAA